GCCUCUCUUCCUGGACACUUCAGGGAUCUGGUGGCAGGACUCCCCGUCCCUGGCAGCAGUGGAGACGUCCUGGGACGUGACGAAGAUGGCGGCUCCGCAGAAGGCUGCGGGUGAUGACUCGGACAUGAGCCACCUGGAAGGGGACAGCGCGGAGGAGCUGGCUGUGCUGGACCCAGAGCUGGAGGCCAUCAAAGCCAGAGUGCAGGAGAUGGAGAAAGAGGAUGAGAGGCUGAAGGAGUUGCAGCUGGAAGCUGAGAGCCACCUCAUCAUGAGCUCGGAGGCAGGUCUCUUCCCAAAGACGCCUGAGGAGAAGAUGGAGGUUGACCGCCGAUCUAUCUACGUGGGCAACGUGGACUACGGGGGCACGGCGGAGGAGCUGGAGUCUCACUUCAACUGCUGCGGGCACAUCAACCGAGUGACCAUCCUCUGCGACAAGUUCUCGGGGCAUCCCAAAGGGUAUGCCUACAUCGAAUUUGAAGAGAAGAGCUCCGUGAAGGCUGCGGUGGAGCUGGAUGAGAGUGUGUUCAGGGGCCGGGUCAUUAAGGUGCUGCCCAAGAGGACCAACAUGCCGGGCAUCAGCACCACCGACCGCGGGGGCUACCGGGGCCGCUUCCAAGCCUGGGGAGGGCUGGCCCAGCGCGGAGGCUACUACAGAGGGCAACACCCCAGGAUGCGAGGGAGGACAUACAGGGGUCGGCAAAGGCUGCUGCCUUGGUAUUUUCCGUACUAG